CCCAUUCCUUGUUGUUUCUCAGCCGAUGCUCACUUGCUCCGAGUCUCAGGCGGCCGACGAGUUCUGUACCGCUUCCAGUGAAGGGACGGCUUCGACUGGGCUGCGCCGUUUCAUCUGGAUAUUAAAAGGCUGUCACGAUGUUAAAAAGCGCGUUGGCGUCUUCUUCUCUGAUUCUCUCCUGCCUUGUGGCGUUGACCCUUCUCACAUUCCUCGAUGCCAAGGGUAAUUUCUACGUUCCGUACCGUUAUAACCUCUUCACCUCAGGGACAAGUCCCAGUCUGAAGGGAGCAGGGCGGAGCACAGGCCGGCAGAAGAAUUAUUGUGCCUACGUUGUGAAGAAAAAUAUCACUUGUACGAUGCUGGAUGGCACAGAUACUUUUGUGAAAGCCGAAUACCAUCAGUGUACUUGGGGUCAAAUCAAGUGCCCAGGAGUGGUCAUGUAUCGGACUUUUCUAAGACCUAAAUAUAAAAUUGGAUACAAGACGGUGACAGAAUUGGAAUGGAGAUGUUGUCCAGGGUAUUCUGGUGAAGCUUGCCAGGAAGGUCCCAUGGGGCUUCCUGAACUUGGACCAUCACACCCAGGACCAAGGAAAGGUUAUUAUGGCCCUAAAGCUCCGGAUAUAUACGGGGAACGAAUAGACCGUUUAGAGGAUGAAAUGCGACGAUUUUCACAGUCAUUUGAGAAACUCCAAACAAUGGUUAGUGGAAUAAGUGAUAGCCUCAGGCUCGCAAUUCAGGAGGACACCAACAAAAUGAUUGUUUCUUUGCUGAAUAAUCUUAAAUACCCUGAUGCCGCAGUAGGCUUUGGAUAUAUAACUGAUGGCCUAGAAAGCCUGGGUAAAGGAGAACCCACAUAUCCACCAGCAAUGGGAGACUUGGUCGUCAAGGUGACCGAGGUUAAGGAUGUAUUGAAAACAAAGAGUGACUUGCUUGAUGAAGUUCAUGGGAUGGUGAUUGGCCAUGAUGGGCAACUCAGGCAACUACUGGAGGCUAAUAGACCCUCUUCGCCUAUAGCAACUGUGGAUUUCAUUGAUACUUACAUAGAUACCAAACUCACCAAGUUCAGAGCAGAUCUAUUAGAUGGCUUUGAAAACAAAUUGACAGAUGUGCAAUCUGUCUGUGAUUACAAGGUAAAGUUGGUCCAACAGCAAUGUGAUGAACAGAAAGACAUAAACCAAAGGCUUCAGGAAACGAUAGAUGGGAAAGAAUUGGACCUAAAAAAGGAGAUUAAUAAUUUACAGACUCAAAUUGAUGGAUUACCUGUAACCGAAAAUUGUUGUGACACAGUUAACUAUUUGAUGGAAAAAGUCAAUACCCUGGAACAGAACAUACAUGAAAUUUCAAACUAUCAAAGUUCACUAACAACUCGAUUUGAGAAUGAACUCCCACAGUUUUCUACCAUUAAUGUAGAAAAUAUUUAUGACAGCAGGUUUGAUUACAUUGAGGCUAAAAUCAAUGCAACAGAGCGAAGUAUAGAAGACAAUUGUUUGACUGUUGAGAACAACAUAAAGGGACAUUUUGGAGUCGAAUUAGAUGGCAUGAAAAUUCAACUGCAUGAUAAGCUAAAGGAAAUCGAGGGUCAAGUUACAAUUAUCAUUGAAGAGUUAAGUAACGUAACCACACCUGCAAACCUGGAGGGAGAGGUAAUCCCAAUGCUGGAAACAGAAGUUGCCUUGCUUAAAAAGCAAACUCACCACGAUUUGGAUAAAUUGGAGGCAAGACUUAUUGCCCUGGAAAAUCUGUGUCCAACAGAUUGCAUCUCAGUUGUUAGUAGCAUUGACAUUCUCAGAACAGAUAUUGAUGGCUGCCAGAAAAACUGCCGAGAUAUUGUGACCCAGCUAGAUAAGAACUCUGGCCUACUCAAUAAACUCAACCAUUCCAUGUUUGAAAUACAACGAAGAAUUAAAGAAGAAGAAGAAUCCAGUGGCGUGCAUGGAGAAAUUACUUUACUGAAGAUCAACAUCAGCUCUGUUAACAGAACACUAAAAGGGAUCAAAGAGGCUGUCAGCAAGUAUGCUGAGGAUUUUGCAAAUGUUAACUCAACCUGGGAUGAGCAUGAACGCAAGAUGGUAGAUGAAGUUCAUCUGAUGCAACAGAUAUUGAAUAGCCAAGGUUCCCAGCUUGUGUUUAAUGACAAACGUGUCCAUGAACUCAAAGGAGAUCUGCAGCGAAUUAACCACAGGAUAAUAUCCGACCUCCACAACUGCAAGCACAAUGCUCAGGACAUCCAGAAGGAAGUGUUACAGGUUGACAGGCGAGUAGCUGAAAUGGAGAGUGUGUGCAGCAAACUGAAUGCAGUAACAACCAGUCUGGAUUUUAUUAAGGAUGCUUUGGAUAAUCAUGCUGGUGAUCUGUGGAGUUACUUAGACCAAAUGAAUGGAACUCUAAUGACAUACGGUCAUGAAAUCACUGGUCUGAAGAAUUCAGUGCACGAGUGCAAUUCCGUGAUUGCUGGCAUUGGAGACCAGACAUUAAUUGGAAACAAGGGCGUUACAAAACACGUUAUAUUUUCUGUUGGUCUAACUGAAGAGCCCUUCACAGCUAAUAAUGGGGUUUUAAGGUUCAACAAAAUUCUCAUCAACGAUGGAGGUCAUUACGCAACCACGACAGGUAUAUUUACUGUUCCUCACAGUGGACAGUAUUUUAUUAGCGCUGUGUUGACUCCGCAGAGAAAUGAACGCAUUGAGGCGGUGCUGACAGUAUCCAACGUAAGCAUUGCACGAGCGGAUACUGCGGGCUACAGGACUGAACUACUAGAAAUUGCAAUGGAUAAAACUGAAAAACAUCCUGGAGGUGGCCUUGCUGUAUUCAGCCUAAUCUUCAGGCUGAAAGCUGGUGACGAAGUCAGUGUUGUUCUCAUGUCAGGAAAAUUAGCUUACACAGGAACAGAGGAGCUGUACUCGACUUUCAGUGGUGUUUUACUGAAUGAUUUACCAAUGCAUAGCUGACAAAGCCAACAUAGCAUGAGCAGCUAGAACUGAAAGAAGUGGCCACCAUUUGAUUUUAAAUGAUUCCUGUAUAUCUCACAGCGAACAAACUGGAAAUACUUGUUUCAAACGUAGACCUCUGGCAAUCUGAACUACAGUAGAAUGGUAAUGAUGCAUGGCCAAUCUAGAUUUUAAAAUCAAGAACCACUAAGUAAAACAAAACUGAGUUGCUGUACAUUCAAGCUAAAUAUGUUUGAAAAUAAGGACUUUAGAUUGCUGUCCAUGUGUUAAUCCUCCGAUAACAGUAAUAUCUUGCCAGAAAAAGACAAUGCUGCAGUAACUCAGUGGAUCAGGUAGCAUUCCUGGAGAGCAUGGAUGGGUGAUGUUUUGGGUUGGGACCCUUCUUCACCGGUCUGAAGGUGGAUCCCGACCAAAAUGUCACCUAUCCAUGUUCUCCAGGGAUGCUGUCUGACUCACUGAGUUACUCCAGCAAUUUGUCUUUGUCUGAAUGAGUUAAAUAGCUUAAGAUUUUAUGAGCGACCUUAAAAGAAAUGUUUCAGUUGGGGCCAUUUAAUCUAACUAAUUUUUCUCUUCAAAGUACAAUCUGGUGCACAACAAGUGCUGGGGUAAAUCAACAUUUGGAGUUCAAAAAUGUCCUGUAUUGGUUUGAAUAUUAUACUGGCAUAACCAUUGGCUACUAAACUGUAUAUCAGGGUAUUAGCGACCAUCAGCCAGUAUAAUACAGUUAGAUAAUACAACCAGGCUAAGUUUUGUUUUCUUAGACAUUAUGAUUCAGGUAGCCUAAAACGUCCAUGUAGUUGUCAGUGUAAUUUAUUUUGAAAUGUAAACUGUAAUACUUUAUGAAAAUCCUUCAUUCCCUUAUGCAGGCUGACCUACAUAAUCCAUGGCAAUUUUCAUUUCUUCACUUUAAGUUGAUGGACAUUGCCUUUCAUAUUAAAAUAUCCAAAGAUUUAGAAAGUAGAUAAAUUAAAUUAACGGUAGUUACCUGGACUCAACAGCAAUAAAGAGAAAAUUGAGAAAUGAGGGAACAUACAUUUAUCCUCUUAUGCGCAAUAACAUUAUUUCUAUCAAUAUGCCAAUCAUGGUCAGUUAUAACAGAGAAUUUUGAUCAAGGGGUCUUAAUCUUUUAGCAGUUGGCAACUCGUAAGCUUUCAGUGUUUGAACAUUAUUGAUCGAUAAAUUGUUUUUACAUCAGAGCAUUAAUUAGAUUAGUGCUAUAUUGCAUUUGUAAUAUUCAGUAACACACUUUUAUGGCAGAAAUUAAAAACUGCAUCUUCAAUAUUGGUAUAACAUGUUACUGAGUGGUUGUGAAUGGUUAAAGAUUGUGAAGUGGAUGAAUGUAUUUAACUGAAACUAGUUGUGUUAAAAAUAACAUUCAAGUACAGAUUAUAGCAUAGUAAUUACUUAAGUACUUGAUCAAUUUACUAUUUUAGUGAGUUGACGGUAGACUGUAGUUUAGUUUAGUUUAAGAGAUACAGCUUGUAAACUGGCUCUUCGACCAAUCGAGUCUGUGCCGACAAGCAAUCACUCCCGUACACUAAUUCUGUCCUACACACGAAGGACAAUUUACAGAAGCCAAUUAACUUACAAACCUGUACGUCCUCCAGAGCACCUGAACAAAACCCACAUGGUCACAGGGGGGACAUGCAAACUCCGUACAGACAGCACUAGUAGUUGGGAUGAAACCCAGGACUCUGGCGCUGUAAGGCAGCAGCUCUACCCACUGUGCCACAGAGGAAACUGCCAGAACAUUUGUAGUGAUUUGAAAUAUUUGUCCAAAAAUGUACUGAGAAAAUCUAUAAUUGUUAAUAUUUAGUAAUUAAUGCUAGCAUUACAUUGCAGUUCAGACAUUUUUUUUAAAUAUAACUAAGAAUUGUUCAACAUACACAUGAACUUGAAAUCCUCUUGUUUUGUAUAUUAGUGUACAUCUUUGAACAUAUGAAACUUGGUGAAAAAGCAAGUUUCUGGUGCUAUUUCUGUAAAUUAAAUACACAUUUUCUACUGUUUAAUUUAAUGUUUGCAAUAAACAUGGUUUAAAAUUAUGCCAAAUACAGAGUGAAAUCAAUUAUGUAACUUGUUAUAGUUCAUACACGAUGACAAUCUUGGAUGUUCAUGCGAGUUAAAACAGUGUACAAUGGAAAACUGGGCAAUAAAAAUGGAAAACUGGGCAAUAAAAAUCUUUCAAUUUGUAA